AUGGUGGCACAACUCACCGGUGGUGGUGGUGGUGGUGGUGGUGGUCAAGUAAGGAGAGUUCAUAUUGUAUAUUAUCUUAGCCGUAAUGGUGGUAUCGAACAACCCCAUCUCAUGCGCAUCCACCAAGUCUCAUAUCAUGGAGUUUACUUAAGAGAUGUUAAAAGUUGGUUAUCAGAACUCAGAGGAGAAGACAUGCCAGAGCGUUUUGCUUGGUCAUAUAAGAGAAUGUACAAAGGGGGAUACGUUUGGCAAGACCUACUGGAUGACGAUCUCAUUACCCCUAUUUGUGACAAUCAAUAUGUUCUGAAAGGAUCAGAAAUCUCCUCAACAACAUUAAAUAAUGAUAUUAAUCCAUACAACGAGAAAGAAGUCUUUAACCUGAAAAACUCGCCAACUUUUGAAGUAAAUGUCAAAUCUCCAAAAUACCCUUCAACAGAGAAAGAAGAUCCUCUAGUUUUCUCAAUAGAUACGUCCUUUGAAAUAGAAGAAUCUUCCUUUGUCUCAAACGUCACAACCGAAGACACAACAAAGAACCAAGAUACAUCUGAAGACCAAGAAGUAAUACAAAGCCCAAAAGACAAAAAUGAGAAUAAUUCUCUGAACAAGAUGUUCUUCAACAAGAAUACAGAUGACAGCAACAACAGUAAUAACGAUAAACACAAGAAAGGUCGUUUUUCAGGCUCACGAGCAUCACAUAUGUUGCGGAACUGGAUCACUUGUGGGACUGCUAACACGGACGAAAAGGCUGUGGUGGCGAUCAACAAAAGGAAAAGUGGUAGGACUUCUACAGUAACUUCGGUUUCUGAGAAUAACUUGGGGCAAAUAAGUAAAGAACAGAAGUAUAAGGGUUACGAGAAAAGUUUUGAUGGGAUAAACGGAUCAAAGAAGAGUAAGAAGGAGGAGUCCAACAACAUCAAAACCUCGGGAGCUGCUAAUCAUAAGCCUAUUAAUGGCCCGAAUUGCUCGCAGUGCGGCAGGCAGUUCAAUCCAGAGAAGCUUCACAGCCACAUGAAAUACUGCAGAGGAAUGAAGGCAUUGGCAAAGUCUACCAGCGCAAGACCUAAGCCGAAGAUAUCAUCACCACAUCCAGCAUCGCACAACACCUUUUACUUGACAAAUAACUAA